UGGGAUUGAAGUCCUUGAGCUAGCUCUUCCGCCCGGACGCUGUUAGGCGCCGCUCGUCCGGGACGAGGCGUUCCUCAUUCGCCAGUCCCGCCGGGAUGGCCCCCAAACUCCCAGACUCUGUGGAGGGGCUCCGUGCUGCUGGCAACCAGAGCUUCCGCAGCGGUCAGUAUGCCGAGGCAUCUGGGCUCUACGGCCGCGCUCUGCGGCUGCUGCAAACGCGAGGUUCUUCAGACCCUGAAGAGGAAAGCAUUCUCUACUCCAACAGAGCAGCGUGCCACUUAAAGGAUGGAAACUGCACAGACUGUAUCAAAGACUGCACUUCAGCACUGGCCUUGGUUCCUUUCAGCAUGAAGCCCCUGCUGCGGCGAGCUUCUGCCUUUGAGGCUCUGGAGAGGUACCCUCUGGCCUAUGUCGACUAUAAGACUGUGCUGCAGAUUGACAGUAGUGUCAUGUCGGCCGUGGAAGGCGUAAACAGAAUGACGAGAGCUCUCAUGGACUCAUUUGGGUCUGAAUGGCGACGGAAGCUGCCUGCUAUCCCUGUGGUGCCUGUCUCAGCCCAGAAGAGGUGGAAUUCCUUGCCUUCAGAGAACCACAAAGAGACAGCCAAAAGCAAAUCCAAAGAAACUGCAGCUACGAAGAGCAGAGUGCCUUCUGCUGGGGAUGUGGAGAGAGCCAGAGUUCUGAAGGAAGAAGGCAAUGAGCUUGUAAAGAAGGGCAACCAUAAGAAAGCUAUUGAGAAGUACAGUGAAAGCCUCUUGUUUAGUAACCUGGAAUCCGCCACUUACAGCAACAGAGCGCUCUGCCAUCUGGUCCUGAAGCAGUACAAGGAGGCAGUGAAAGACUGUACGGCAGCCCUCAAGCUGGAUGGAAAAAAUGUGAAGGCGUUUUACAGACGUGCUCAAGCCUAUAAGGCACUCAAGGACUACAAAUCCAGCCUUGCAGACAUCAGCAGCCUCCUACAGAUUGAGCCCAGGAACGGCCCUGCACAUAAAUUACAGCAGGAAGUUAACCAGAACCUGAAAUGAAAACUCAAAAAGGCAGCGGGAACCCUCUACCUGACCUUCCCAGAGAAGCCAAGGCCUCCCCUCUGCAUCGGUCCCUGAACCCAGCAUGCUCCAGAGGGAGCCCUGAAGCACCCCCACCCCAGCCCCUCAGAGGCAGCAGCCUUUCAUCCCUGUGGAGCUUCAUUUGUUCAAAUUAAGCUCACUGUAGUCAAGCACAGACCUUGUUUUGCCACAAAGCUCCCCACUCCAGCUAACGUGUGAGGCUGGAGUGCUGUCCCCAUCCCUGCUUCACACAGCUAGAGAGGAUCACACACAGGUCCUCAUUAGCAAAGCACUUGGCUUUGUUCCUGCCCCAGUGUGGUGCGGACUGAGUGCUGCCCUGUAGCUUCAGCAGACCCCCGCUUCUUUGCAGUUAACCUGAACAGAACCCCUUGGGCAGGGGUUGGUAUGGGGUGUAAGGAAAAGUCCUGGCCCGCCUACACAGAGCAGCCUGUUGAGCUGGACCUCCAGGGCUGCCAUCUCCCUGUGGGUGCAGCUGCUGUCCCCACCCGCCCUUACCACAGUCUUCUGUGUCUGAGCCCCAGUGCCUUUAGUCCUGGCCCUGCUUUGGUGGGAGGGCAGAGCCCUGCCUGUUGGAGGCUGUCUUGCUGCUGCUGCUCCCAUGUGUGUGGAGACACCCAAAGUGUUUCAAGAACCCAGUGGUUAUGGCCGCUCCUCAGUGGGGUCAGUGUCCCUCCAUCCUGGGCAGGAAUCUGCCUUUUUCUCCCAGCAGUGGCUCCUCCUAGCUUCUUAGUUCUUUGUAAUAUGUUAAUUUGAAGUGACUGAUAUUGUUGAACUGUGUAUUUAAACUGUUGCAUUAAAAGCUUUCUUUUGCCCACAUCUGUUGUACUUAUACCUUUUCAGCUUUGUGGCUGGAACUUCAUAAUGGUAAUAAAAGUUACUGCUUCUGGGGUUUUCAUCCA